AUGACGCGAUUAUCAGUCUACGGCACCGCUUUGGCGAUAUUCAUUGCUGCAUCGGCAAUGACCCUCGCCUCCAUUCUGGUCCCUCACUGGGUCAGCAUGGACGUUCCAGUCCGUGGCAGCGACAAGACUUACUCGCAACAUCUCGGUCUUCACCACUACUGCAACACCGCCCUACCCGAUAGCCCGUGUCGGCAUUUUCCCGACACAGAACGGGACUGUCAUCCCGAAGAUCGAUAUUUCUGCUCCAUAUGGAGGACGAGCGGCUUUCUCAUGAGCUUUGCGACCAUUGCUGAACUCGCUACACUGGUGUGCUUCGUUAUCACGAUUGGAGGUGGCAAGGUCAAGCGCGAGUAUGGCUGGAAGGUUCUGAGCGGGCUGCUGUUGACGGUCUCUGUCGCACAAUUCGCCGCCAUGGGCCUUGUGUCCUUCCUCUUCGACAACGACGAGUAUUUCUCUGUGCCUGGCUGGCAGCUCGACACCUCUUGGAUCCUUUGCACAGUCAGCGCCAGCGUAGCCGCGCUCCUCGUUGGUAUCUUGGGGUUAUCUGCCUACUUCCUGCCCCCAGAAGACGACGGCUACAAUUUCCUUGAGGACCCCAUCGAGCCCUAG